AUGGUAGCGAACCAGACUUCCUAGUAGAAAAAAGGACCAAUAAACAGCCAUUAAGAACACGUCUGAAUCAUUCACUCCAUUUUGCCCACUGAAAUUCUUUGCUUUGAAUUCCAAUUUCACCAAAAUCCAUUUUCACUUUUUAGCCUUUCAAAGUCUUUCAUGCACCUAAUAACAUAACAUCACCGCUAGCUCUUAUAAACUCCUAAUCUCUUCGCCUUCCACAAAUUUCCUUCUCUCUCUCUUCUAAGAGGCCAAUAUUCCUCAUCCGAUCGAGCGGAAGAAAAGAGUUCCAACAAUCGGAUACGCCUCGAUGUCGAUCAAAAAGAACCGUGUCAAUCCUCCAAUAAUAGCAGUAACCAUAUUCUUUGUAAUCGCCACUGUUGCAUAUCCCAUCAACGGCUUGAAAACAAGGAAGCUUGAUGAGAGCACUGUACCAGGUGAUCAAGGCGUUAAGUGUAACCCAUCAUGUACACAAAGUCCUCCACCUCCCUCGCCACCGCCACCAAGCCUUCCACUACCAUCACCACCUAAAACAAAGAAGCCGCCAAAGCAAUAUUGUCCACCACCACCACCUAGUCCGCCGUCAUUUAUAUACAUAACUGGUCCACCAGGAAGCCUGUACCCUAUUGACCAAAAUUUUGGUGAUGCAAGCCGGAAUUUCAAAGUGGGGUUAUUUGCUCUGGUUUCUGGAUUCUUGGUCCUUCUUGCUUUUUGAAUGGGAUAUUGAAUGGGAAUUUGGAGGGUCCUAUGAUCUUGUGCAAGAACUUGGAUGUAGUCAGUAAAAUUUUAUUUUCUUGUUAGGACAAGAAAAUUUUUUUUGUCCGAAGAGAAAGUUUUAGGACCUACUACUUUUUGUACUUGCAGUAUCUUGAUAUUGUUCAAUAAUAACAAUUCAGAUAAUUUUACCCAUUCCCUGAAUUUCAAUUGUUAUUUCAUUUUCUUUCUGAAACAAAAUAUAAAUUUGCCAAAGUUAGAACAGUAAGGGGUCGGAUAGUUCUGGGUUCGAGCUUUGAAGAAUUAGUUGAUAGAUUUAGAUAAUAAUUUUGAGGGAAUUGUGGAUGGAUGAUGCAAUCAGAUCAGAAGCAGGGCCACCGGCGGCUAGAGUCUCCACAGCCGACCAUAAUUAAAAACAUUGAGGCCCACUGGUAGCUGGUCACGACACUCUUAGGUUCGUCUUUAGUUGGACAUGUGGCUUGGUCAUGUUUCAUGGGCUCCUACUCUUUUUCAAUCAUCUCCGUUAAAAGCUUAACCCAUCACCAAUAUGAAUAAUAUUUGUUGAAUAAUUCACAAGUUGGUUCAGUUGCUUCAGAU